GCAAUGAGGGGCAACGCUGGAGCCUCCCAUGCAAGGAAGUCUGGGAUCCUCCCUCACCCUAACCCUAACCUUAACACUAUCCCUGACCCUAAUGUUAUCCCUCACCCUAACACUGAUGCUGAUCCUGAGCCUAACCCAACCCCAGGCUGCAAUGCAGCCCAGCUACCCCCCAUCCAGUGCAGACCCCAAAGCCACCUCUGGUCCGGGAGCCCUCCCCAUGCUUGGAAGAUGCUCUGGAUCAGCCCCAUGCACACACGCAGUGUGCCACGUGCACUGAGCACUGGUGAGGCUGUGAGCAUGGUGACAGCCACCGCCUGGUCCCAGCCAUCCCAUGUGAGCAGCGGCACGCCGCAGCCGCAGGGAAAGCCAGCAUCUGCUGCCCGUGUGACAGAAAAGGCCCCAAACCUUCUGAUCUGUGGAGCGGGAAGGGAGAGGCCGGUGCUGGUGCCAAGGGGAAACUUUCCUAUGGCUUGGGCAGGGGAAAAAACAACAAACACUCAGGCAUGCAGGCACACACAGAGAAUAAAUCCUGUGAGCGGAGGAGCAGGCUGCGAGCGAGUGACUGAAGGAGGUUGAGCAGGGCUGGGAGUUUGGGGAACAUCCCGGAGCCCCCGAAAUCCAGCAGGUCUGUGGGUAAGGGUGGCUGUGGGGUGAUGCCACACGGUGGUCACAGUGCCAUGUCACUGCAUGGCGGGCUGUGGGACAGUGGUGGGGGUCUCUGGGUGAUGUGGCUGCAAGAGCUCAGGGUGAGGAAGGGAACACCACCUUGAUUCUGCUCUGAUGGGGCUGUGGUGUGGGGCAGGAUGGAAUAUUGCUGUCUCGUCCUUGCAGCCGGCCGUGCCGCGAUGCUCAUCCUGCUGCCAGGCUGGGUGGCCCUGUGCAUCCUGCAGCUAGCCCUCAGCAGAACCCAGGAGUGCCUGAGCCACCAGCAGGUGCUCAGCACCGUGCGGCAGAUGCAGAAGCUGCUGUCGGCACAGGAGGCUGCCCACCUCCAGGGCACGCGCAGCCUCAAGAAGCAGCUCUCAGUGCUGCACAGCCGCAUCCAGAGGCUCGCUGGCAAACGUAACGACACCUGUCCGCACCUGGCGGUGCCCUUGAACGGGCGGAAGCUGGGCCGCAGCGCACGGGUGGGCCACGACGUUCACUUCAUCUGCAAUGCUGGAUUUCAGCUGGUGGGCUCGGAGUCGCGCACCUGCCGGAGGGACCGCACCUGGAGCGGCACCCAGCCCUUCUGCAGAAGUAUUGAUGAGUGUUCCAGCAACCCGUGUGCCAACGGUGGAAUCUGCGUGGAUGGCAACCAGAGCUACACGUGCCUGUGCCCACGGGGCUGGUCAGGAGCCAGUUGCCAGAGCCCUGUCUAUGCCUACUGGGUGACGCUGAGCAACUCGUCCUUCAGCCGUCAGCCCCGCUGUGCUGAGGGCCGCCCGGGCUCGCGGCACUGCAGCUGUGAUGCCGGCUUCCAGAUGCGGGCAGGAGGUGUUUGCCAAGAUGUGGACGAGUGCCAGCUUUUCCAGCCUAACCCCCAGACCCGGAUCUGCCUCCACGACUGCCUCAACCUCCCCGGCUCCUACCGCUGCCUCUGCCCACCGGGGUACGUGCUCCAUGCCGACCGCAACACCUGUGAGGAUGUGGAUGAGUGCACUGGCAGCCGGCACAACUGCACCCACGGUGAGCUCUGCAUCAACACCUUCGGGGGCCACCGCUGCGUGCGCCCCAAGUGCCCCCCACCACGCCACAACACCAGCUAUGUCAAGACCUCCAGCUUCCAGUGUGAGAGGAACCCCUGCCCCACAGACAGCCGUGCCUGCCGCCUCGCCGCCACCUCCAUCUCCUUCCACUACCUGCCACUCCAGGCCAACCGCACCGUGCCCCGCGUCCUCUUCAAGAUGUCCACCACCCGCUUUGUGGGUGACAGCCUGCGCUUCACCAUCAUAGGUGGCCGGGGCCAGGGCGUCUUUGCCGUGCGGCGCUCCGACCGGCAGACGGGAGAGCUGGUGCUCAGCAGCCCAGUGGUGGGGCCAGCCACACUGGAAGUGGAGCUGGAGAUGAGUGAGUUCUCCCGCAAGGUGCUGCUGGGCAAGCACAUCUUCAAGGUCACGGCCUUUGUGUCCCAGUAUGAGUUCUGAGAUGCGGCUCUGCUGGAGGCAGAUGUGGCUCUGUCCUGGGGAGCGGUGGAGUGGGAUCAGCGUGGUGAUCUCAGCCCUCGUACCAUUAGAGGACUCCCGUUCUUGGAAUUGGCCUCAGUGGGUCCUUCCAACUCGGGAGCUGCUAUGAUAUCCUAGGAUUCCUCCUGCUUGCUCAUGGCUGUUAGAGCAUAGCAGAAGAACCCCUGCUCAUUGCUGAUGCUGCCUGGAGGAAUCAAGAAGCCGUGCUGAGGGUUACAGCAGGAGGGGACCCAUCUGUGCCAGCCUGCUGUGCCUCCUCAUGCCUCGUACUCAUCCAAUAAAAGACAACUGCCUGUAAGGAGGGUGUCUUUGCUCCGUGACAAACAUCUUUUGCAGGGCCUGGCCAACACUCAGCCCCAUGGGCAGACUGCAGGAACACCAGAAGCAUGGAGAGAGCAGCGGGGCUCACAGCUGGGCCGGUGCCAGCAGCUUUCUGUCCCCUCAACCCACCAACACAGGGCAGGCCAUGGGGAAG